AUGGAGUUAAUUAAGCGAGGACAUGAAGUUACAGUGAUAACUCCAGAUCCUUAUUUUAAAAAUAACACUGCACCUAAAAAUUUAAGAGAAAUUGACGUCCAUGAUAUCUCAUACAAGAUUAUGAAGGAUUUCAUUCCUACUGUUACCGGAAGUGAUGAUGAUUUGAUAAAUCAAGUGGUUACCAUUGCUGGAAUGAUUAUUGACAUAUUAGAAAAACAAAUGAAGGUGAAGGAUGUCCAUGACCUUAUUAUCGAUAAAAAACGACCGUUCGAUUUGAUACUUUUAGAAGCGCUUUUUGUACCACUACUAGGAUUUACACACAUUUUCAAAGCACCGACAGUCUUAGUAAGCUCUUUUGGACCAUUCAUUGGAAGUUAUGAGAUAAUGGGAGCACCAACGCAUCCUACAGUGUACCACAACAUGUUUCGCCAAAGACUAUAUAAUUUAAAUUUAUGGGAAAAAUUUACUGAACUAUGUAAACAUUUUCGUAUUCGAUACAUUUUCAGUUCCAGAGAGGAAAAUUACAAUAAACAGAUUAAAAGCAUAUUUGGCUCCGAUACUCCACCUCUGAGCGUUUUAAAAAAUAAUGUUGAUCUUUUAUUGUUAAAUGUUAAUCCAAUUUGGGAAGGAAAUCAUCCAGUACCACCAAAUGUCAUACAUAUGGGAGGAUUACACCAAAAACCUCCCAAGGAAUUACCAAAGGAUCUUCAGCAAUAUCUGGAUGCCUCACAAAACGGUGUUAUUUACUUCAGUUUUGGAACCAACGUUCCACCAUCCGCGUUAUCCCAAGAAAAAUUUAAAAUAUUUGAAAAUGUUUUCUCACAACUCCCGUAUAAUGUGAUAUGGAAAUGGGAUAGUAAUGUAAAAUCCGUAAAAUCAAAAAAUAUAAUAAUACACAAAUGGCUACCACAAUCAGAUCUUUUGAGACAUCCAAAUGUAAAAUUAUUUAUAACUCAAGGAGGUUUACAAUCGACAGACGAGUCGAUUACUGCUGGUGUACCACUUAUAGGCAUACCAAUGUUAGCAGAUCAAUGGUAUAAUGUAGAAAAAUAUGUUUAUCAUAAAAUUGGUAUAAAGCUUUCCUUAGAAAAACUUACUGAAAAUCAAUUGAAAAAUGCAAUUAUAGAAGUUAUUGAAGAUAAAAGUUAUCGUGAAAACAUCGCACGACUUCGCUCCUUAAUGCAAGAUCAACCGCAGGCGCCACUGGAUCGUGCUUUAUGGUGGAUAGAAUACGUACUUCGACACGGUGGAGCUAAACACUUGCGAUCACCAGCUGCAAAUAUGUCAUGGAUUGAAUACUAUGAAUUAGAGCUUGUCUUUAUACUUCUAUGUAGUAUUUUGAUAUUUAUAGGAUUAAUAACUUUUCUCAUUAAAUAUUCAAUAUCGAAUGCUUCCAAAAAAGAACUAGCAAGAGACCACAAAGAAAAAGACAAGAACAGAAAUGACGGAGUAAUUGUAGCAGUAUAUGAUUUUCAAGCUGUUAUGCAGGUUCCAAAGGGUCAAGUUUUCUUGUUUUUCUACAAAUCCAGAAUUAAUUGUUUAAAUUUCACAAUAAGUGAUCUGUCGGCAACAGAUGUAAUAUGCUACUUGUGGUAUGAGACCGAAGGGAAAAGGGGCGCUGUAGAAAUAGGCUCAUGUGUUCUAAAGUAUAUUGACACUUUAUUAGAUAAAAAUCCUGAUAAAGACAUUGAUAUUGUCUUCUAUUCCGAUAAUUGCUGUGGGCAGCAAAAAAUAAAUAUUUACUUUCUGCUAAUGCUUAUGCUGUUGUCACUAAACGAGUUGCGUCGAUAA